UACACCGCGAUGAGUGACGGACGGCUUGAAACCAUCGCUGCUUCCAAUCAGUGGCAUCAUUCACAAACACCCCAGCCUGUGUGUGUACCAAUCUAUGCUUCAUCUAUAUUUGAGUUUCAGAAUGCAGAUCAAGGAGCAAGAGUGAGCGCAGGGCAGGAUGAUGGGUACUCAUACACUCGUUGGAUUAAUCCUACUGUGGAUGCAGCAGCACAAGCAUUAAAUGAGCUUGAGGGUGGAGAAGGCACUCUACUGUUCUCCUCUGGUAUGGCAGCAAUUUCUACAUCCCUUUUUGCUCUGCUCAAGGCAGGAGAUCAUGUGGUUACACCCACUGUUAAAAACACUGCAUGUCAUUGUCUUCUUCAAAAUAUUUUGCCACGUUAUGGAAUAGAAAAUACUAUGGUUGAUGGAAAUGAUGUUAAUGCCUACAGAAAUGCUGUUAAAUCUAACACUAAGGUUUUAUUUGCUGAAACACCUUGCAAUCCAACAAUGGGUGUCCUAGACUUGGAAGAAUUUGGUCGCUUAGGAAAGAGUUUGCAAGURAUUACAAUGGUUGACAGUACCUUAGCAACACCCUUUGUUACAAAUCCAAUUCGUCAUGGAGUUGACAUUGUUCUUCAUAGUUGCUCCAAGUACAUUGGAGGACACAGUGAUAUCAUUGCAGGGGCAAUGAUAGCAUCAUCAAAACAACUUGUAUCACAGAUCUUUGAAUAUCAGAAGAUAGUGGGACCUUGUUUGUCACCAUUUGAUGGUUUCCUGUUAAUGCGUGGAAUCAGAACUCUUCAUCUUCGGAUGGAAAAGCAUUGUGCCAAUGCCAUGGCAAUAGCAUUACUACUUGAAAAUCAUCCUAAGGUUGACAAGGUUUUCUAUCCUGGGCUCACAAGUCAUCCAAAUUACAGCAUUGCAGUCAAACAGAUGAGAGGGUUUGGAGGUUUGUUGGCAUUCAGUGUCAAAGGUGGACUUGAGGAAGCAAAGAAAUUUAGUGAAAGUGUUAAGUUAUUCAAGUUGGCCGGAUCUCUUGGUGGGACUGACAGUUUGGUUGAAGUUGUGUGUUUGAUGACCCAUAAUGAAAAAUACAUUUCACCAGAGGAAAGAGAGGCUCUUGGYAUUCCUGAAAGUAUGAUCAGGCUGAGUGUUGGACUUGCACAUGUUGAAGAUCUCAAAAAGGACAUUGAACAAGCUCUAGCUACUUUAACAUAAUAUUUUCAAUGACUGGAAAAGUUUCAAUUGCAAUUAAUGCUGUUAUAGGAAUGCUCCAGCAUCAUGUCGACAGGCACAAUGCCACAUCACAAACUUCAUGAAUUUUUGGGAAAUGUCAAACUGGUUUUGCACAAUACAUAAUAUKUAAUAAAUAUGAUCACUAUA